AUGACACACUAUCAUUCAGAAUACUACUCUGAAGUAGAGAAAUUUGAAUAUCAAGUAACACAUGUAACUGAGCAGAUAUUGCAGGAACAAGAUCGGCUAAGAGGAUCCACUUUACACGAGUACAAUCAAACAAUAUUACAGUUAGUAUCUGAUUAUGAGAUGUUUAAUAGUAAUGGGCAGUGUGAUCCUUCUGAAAUAAAUUUACCCUUAGAAAAAUUGGAAUCCUGGACCAACAGUUUGAAACAGAUUCAUUUGGAAUUGGAAUCUAUCGAUAAUUUUUUGCGAUACGCUAUACCUUCGGAUCAAACAAUCCUUAACUUGUCGAAAUUCAACGAAAGCAAAUACGAAACAUUACAGGCUGAGGUAUCUGAGCUCAGAGACAUUAAUGUUGUUCAGCUUCAAAAAGAAAUAGAGAGCCUUCAGCAACAAAUUACAACAAAAAGUGAUGAGAAUCUCUUGAUAAGUGAAAAAAUAAAAGAAUCCUGUCUAGAGGCUUCUCAAGACAUUGAUCAAUGUUGGAAAUUACUAGAGCAACUAGAAGCAUAUGAGAAUGCCAACCCUUCGACAGAAGUUAUAACUACCACAGAUCCAGCGUUUUCAACUUACAAUCAAUGGAAAUGGAAUCAGCUAGCUGAAUCAGAAUUGAAACACAUUAAUCAACAAUUGAUAACCUUGCGAGCAACUAAGGAAAAAUUAGAUAAAGUUUUUUCCAAAAGGUCUGAGCUUGAAACUUCUCCCAAAUCAAUUGAAACCUUCACCAGCUACCAAUUAUUGUCACAAUUGUGGCGGUCGAAAUUUAUACGACAACUGCUUCCUGAUAUAGCAAAUUUGGAAGUUUAUCCUCAGUCAGGAAAGUUGAAGUUUGAGGUUGGCAUAAUGCAAGUGAUCAUGCAAAUAGAAUCAGGAAUAAUAAAAUCAGUAUCUUUGUUCUCUUAUGAACUUUCAUAUGAUAGGAUUGAAACUAUAAAGGAAGACAUUUUGGGCAGAAUUGAGCACCAGAAAUCAUUAUUUAAAGUUUUGGUGGUAAUAACUGAUUAUAUCGUAAAUUCAUUAUAA